AUGACGACUGCCACGGCUCUCCCGUCGGGUGUUAGUCGCCCUCCAACGGUGGACCGAAAGGAUAACCGUGGAGGGCUGGUUGUGGUGAUCACCGGCUUCUGCUUGGUCCUGGUACUUUCGUCCCUGGCCGCUCGGACGUUUUCCUCGUACAAGAGGCGGACCAUCCAGAAAGACGACUACGGGUUUCUGGCUGUAGUGACGUCUCUGGUACUGGCGCAGGCUCACUACGGCUGGGGAGCAACCGAAAAGUCACUGUCCUCCGCAACAAAGGAGAAAAUGCUCAAGAUGGGAUACGCCUCCGACAUUCUCUUCGUUGUCGCCCUCGGCCUGUCGAAGAUAACCACCACCGUCUUCUACAUGACACUUUUCAAGCAGAAACUCCGUGCUGUCAUCCGAGGUCUUCUAGUCGGAGGAGGUAUCUGGGUUAUACUGUCGGUGAUAUUGUUAGCAGUCCGAUGUGGCCAUCGACCAUGGCUCGAUAUCGACGUACAAUGCAGCGGUUUGAACCCUUCCCUGUUCCACAAUCCCGCUGACGAGAGCAGACUCAUCCCCCUGUCGGCUACGCAUCUCUACUACAUCAAGGUCCAGCUAGAUUCAGAUAACCCAACCCUCUAUGGCGCGUUCGCCAGCAUCACCGCAGAACUCUACCUCGCCAUGAGCGUUGUUUGCCUCGUCGCUUCGUUCAUGAAGCCCGUGCUGGCCGUCUAUGUCGACGAGUACGGCAUCGCCUACACGGACGAGGUAUCACCGCCGAACUCGAAGCUGCGAAGUCAUACCUCGUCUGAAAGCAGGUCGCGUCGGUUGCGGCGGUCGGAGACAGAAUACGAUCGUGGCUGGGACCGGAUGCCGGAUCGGACCAUCCCGGCUGCUUCAGGGGGACGCAUCAUGAAGACGGUGCAGAUUAGUGUGAGCGAUGGGCCGAUGGAGCUUGAGAGGCGGGAGCCGGAGGUCGUGAUUGGUGUAUAA